AUGCCGGCCACGCAAUUCGGGGCUGUGGCGCAGAAGGGGACAGACUUCGCAUCCCAUUUGGUGCAAUCGCUCAUCGCGCUGGCUGAGAAGAAUGGGUGGUCUAUAUUCGUAUUGUUUAUUGACCUUGUCAAAGCUUUCGAUCGAGUCGUAAGGGAAUCGGUCCUCGGUUAUCCCGACGAAUUUCAGAGUGAUUCAGAACGUCUGGACCAUUUGCGCGCACUAGGACUCACAGAGGCAGUGGCGCAGCAUAUUUUCAAAUAUUUGCGAGACCAGCCGCCGUUGUUGAAGGCCUGGGGCGUCUCUGAUCACACAAUCGCGCUGUUGCGUGGCUUGCAUUGUGGAAGCUGGUUCGGCGUCGGCGAGGCGUCCGAUGUAGUUUGUCCGAAGACUGGAGGGCGCCAGGGCUGCAAAGUCGGAGCCAUCCUCUUCAAUUCGGUCUAUUCGAUCGCCCUGAAGGCCUUGCACGCUGCGCUCAAGGAUGCCGGGAUUACGUUGGUAUUGAGGAAGGCUGGCGAUGUCUUUUGGGGCGUUGGACAAGAUAAGCCGGCUGACUUCGCUGACGUGUCAGGCUGCGCAUUCGUUGACGAUGAUUGCAUUGUGGUGGUUGGUCGCAACGCUCGAGUUCUAGCCGAGGCGAUCCCCAAAGCAGUGCGGCAAGUCGUGAAGAUUUUCGCGUCUCUGAAUCUGCAGAUAAAUUGGAACCCUGGGAAAACGGAAGCUAUGGUUCGAUUCCGCGGCCAGCGCUCUCAGCGUGUAUUUGAGACAAUGGUAUGCAAUUCAAUGAUGAUGCUGGGCGCUGGAUUGGGUCACCGGUGGCGCUCGACAUAG